AUGUCGGACGACGAGUACGUCCCGCCAAGCCACCAGUCCGGCGACGAGGCGCCGGGUCCAUCAAUGGGAGCAGCGCGUAUCCGGCCUCUCCCACGUACGACCUUUCGCUCGGUCGAGUACCCCGGGCCGAUGCAGCGCCCGGACCAGAUCCUGCGACUGAUCAACCAGGAGGACAUUGAUGACACCUUCAACGCACCGAUGAGUGAUAUGCGCCAGCUCGAGCUGCGCUAUCGGCCUGAGAACCGCGCAGCUGUCCCAGUGCGUGGGAAUCGCGUCGCAAGCCAAAAGGUCCUCGUCAAGAUCACCAAGAAGCGGCGCAAGGGCAAGCCGGACCAUGGCGUGUUUACUGCCGACGUGCUUGGCAACAUCCCUCAGACUGUGCGGUUCAGGUCGAUGGCCGAUUAUCAGUAUACGCCGGCGGCGGACUCGAGCGUGCAGACCUUGUGCCAGGCUCUCGUGGACCUAGACUACGACUCCAUCUUGGACUACAAGGUUCCCGUCUUGCACGAGGAAUACUUCUCUCCGAACCCCUCUAACCCGGACGGCACACCACCCGCCAUCUCGUACCGCUCACUGAUGGAGUUACAGCCGACCCCGCUAGCGAGUUCCCGUCAGUUACCCCACAACUUCAGUUAUCGCAUGAGCGCAAACACCGUCGAGGAGGAAGUGUGGGACGACGACGCACAGGAGACGAAGAAGCGCUACGUGAACCGUUCGCGCACUCAGGGAUGGUCCGUCCCCGCCGUUGGACAUGGGCAUCCCGUCCCUACGGAACCGGAGCAGAACGUGCGCGAGCGCCUAGACCGGCUAGACAAGCGCAUCCUUGGUCGGCUGCGCGAGCUGUUCGAGGCACGACCAAUUUGGUUACGCUAUGCGCUGUUGACACAUUUUGACGAGAAGGAUAGAUAUGAGAUCUUGACGAACAAGCUGUACCUCCCAGCGGUCGCGUUCACGUACGGUGCGGGGCCAUAUUGGAAGACGCUUGUGCGGUAUGGGUACGACGCAACGACGAGACCCGAGGCGCACAAGUACCAGCGCGUCUACGUGUAUCUGGACGUGAAGCGUGGGCGGAACAAUGUGCUGAACAAUGCGGCGGACCCCGAAGACGACGACGAGAGCAAGCGCCCCAGCUUCUGGUGGGAACACGAGCAGGAUGCGCGCGUCGCACAAGGCCUGCGCCCGCCGCUUGAUCCGACCAAAAUCCACAAAUUCGACGGACAGAUCCUUCACCGCAACAAACCCGACUACCAGCUCAUUGACAUCACCGACCCCUUCAUCGUCAAGUACAUCUACGACCCGACGAGCAUGAUGGAUGUGUGCGACCACCAUACAGGGUGGUACAGGCCUGUAUCCUUCGAACUGAUCAAGGCGCUCUUACGAAGCCGCUUCGCCGACUUGCGCGACACGCAUGAGCCGCCGACGGAGGACAGCUGCAACUUCAUCUUGGAGAGCUACGACCGUGCGAUCGAGGAGAGUUCGGCGGCCGGUAAUGGCGACAAGGACGCUGCUGACGCGUUCAUGCGGCGUGUAGUUGCUCACCGCCGCUUACCGCGUGAUGAGAGGGGUUGA